CAAUCGACUGUGCUGUGAGGUGUCUUGCGGCGGCCCCCCACUGCAACAGGGCAUCUGCGACAACAACCCCCCAUAAGCCGCUUGCAUCGGUACAAGCUGCACAAUGCCGUGGGUUUUAACACACCCGAGUAUCACUGGCAAAGACGUAAGCUCGUUCCUCGAUCGUGACUUGCGCCACCAAAUCAUGGUGAGCGAGAUGGUGAUUAUUUCUUCCUGCGUUCCAGCGCCACUAGGCUUCGCUCCCCUCCCCGCCCCACAGACAAACGCGAUGUUGGCAGCAGCCACAGCCACAGCGCCUACAGCGCCUUGGGCCCCGCGAUCACAAUCAUGAGGCCGGACGGAGAUGACGAGGACGAAGCCAUCAUCGAUGCUGGCGAAAUAGAGGAUUUUCAUGCCGGCGGCGAUGGCGUCGCCGUCGUCGUCGACGACUUCGAUCCAAACAGCCACAAUGUCAUCGAACCCGAGCGGCGGCUCACGCAGAUCCCGUUCAAGCUGGAACCCAUCUCUGGCGCCACGCUGUACGAGCUCGAGCACGGGCGUCGGUCGGACCUGUGGUGGCAGGCGACAAGAAGAAGAAGAAGGGACGAUGACUACAACCUGGGAGGGCAGAAAGGCGGUGGUGCAGUGGUGGGGGAGGAGGAGGUAGGACGAGGAGCUGAACGGCCGCCGUUGCGGCUUGGGUGCACCGAGAUUGACGAUCAAGUCCUCCUCGGUGGCGGGUUCGAGCGCGGAGCUGUGUUUGGGGUCAGCUCUGAAGAUGUCGAGUUUGGGAUGGCGGUUGGACUGCAAGCACUUGCACGGGAUCUCGUCUUCACUGCAGCCCCGGCCUCAUCUACUACCGCACAUGAUUCGUCUGGUCACUCGGCAGUGGCACCCAAAGCAGCCAUCAUUACAAGUCUCCCUGCUUCUGCGAUCCUCGGACCCUUGCAGAAGGCGAUCCGAGCACAAGUCUUGAGGAAACGGCGUACCAACAACGAUGACGAAGACCAAGAAGGCGCCAGCAGCAAUGGGGUGGCCACUCCUGAAGUAAGUAGGGAAGUGAACUCCCAGGUCCGGGCUUGCCUGGGGCGCGUCUCGAUAUCGCGCGUGUUCGACAUCGUGGGGCUCUGGCAGGUCCUGGACGAGAUCGAGGCAGCUUGUCGGUCGGGUGGUCCGCCAGACAAUGGUCGUCCAGAGAAUGGGAGCAUGGAAGUCGACGAGCACAGGCACGAAGAUGCGGAUCCAAUCUCAUCACAGGGCAAAGGGGGAGAUCGAGCAGCAGCAGCAGCAGAAGCACCUAGGACUACUGCUCAUUCACCACCUGCGAGUCAGCGGCUCCCUUCGCCAGCGACCAGUCUCCCGCCGCUGCGUCCGCCACUUCCGAUGCGCGCGGAAAUUUCUGAUAGUGAGGACGACGACGAAGCGCUCUCCUCGCCCCCGGCUCAUUUGACAGAGUCUUCCGGGUCACAACAAGAUGAAGCACCAGGGGCAACAGGGGCGGCAGGAACUCCUCCAGUUGAUGACGAUCGAGCAUCAGAAGGGCAGCAUGAUUCCGAAGACGACCAGAGAAAUUCCAUGCCAGACAUGAUACUGGUCACACACUUCUCGACAUUACUCUCGACACUCUUCACCCAGAGUGGUACGGACCGGGCGGCAGCGCAUACCACUCUGCAGCUGCUUUCGACACACUUAAGAUACCUUGCGUGCUCAUCGGGGAGUGUGAUCGUGCUUCUCAACACGACCGCCACAAACGAUACAAAUCGAUCAACCAGUGCCACUAAUACUAAUGCAGACGCUACUACCAUGAAUGCAUCCGAGAACAUGCACAAUCGCUCAAGUAGGCCCCUCGACCCGACGCUGCGGUCAAUCUUCAACCCAACCCCCAUGGCUGCUGCGGCCGCCAGUACCAGCGAUGCUGGCGUGGUGACUCCUGCCAGGGAUGCUGGUGCCGGUCGUCCUUACGGAGGGGCAGGAAACAUGCUGAGCCGCCGAAACAAGCCCACCUUUGGACUCACGUUUGCGCAGUUCCUGGAUGUCCACUUGCUAUGCACACGGCUCCCAAGGACGAGAGAAGAUGCAGAGAGGAUGGUCUCUGCGUCGACUCGGCGGGGCCAUGAUCAUGAUACGCCUGAGGAGGUUGCAGUCACUGCUGUGCCACGAAGAGGGAGAGCAGUGGAGUAUUGCUGGGCCGUAGAGGUCCUGCUGGACGAGCUGGAUGUCUGGGCUACAGAUUCUCCAGGUGGCAAAGCCAGGAGGGUCAAUAGGGAGCAGAGAUGGGGUGCAGUGCAAGUGAGCCGUGUGAGCGGCCUGAUAGAGAAUGCAUUUGAUGGCAGUGCGAGACGAUAUCAGGAGCUUGUUGACCAGGGGCCAAUACGACUGGCUGCUGGGUUUGGUGGGCGGAGGGUGUAGAGAUGGGUCGUCAGUCAGACAGGCACGCGUCUACAUACCUCUAGCUUGCAGAGACGUGGACUGUCAAGUCGGAAGAAAGCAUAUUCCACCGUUUGCUCUGGCAAUCGUAUUCCGUACCAACGGCACGAAGCACGAGUGCUUGUCAGCGGGAAGGGCGAAUAUCAGCAUACGUCCCACCCCCCCUGUCCGUAUCUCGCAUUGUGGCUUUCUGAGAGAAAAGGGAGUGUCCCGUUGGACGAAUAAGGUGCUUGCUUGCUCCUGGUAGUGUGGCCGUCUGCAGAUGGAUGCACAAGGUAUCAAGACCUGUUGCUGCUUCCAUGCCUGGACCGCUAGCAUGUUGCUAGCU